CCCUCAUAAUAUGUCACAAAAAAUAGUACAGUAAAUUCUUAUGAUCUAUAACAAUAAUUGCUUAUGUUCUGAAUGCAAAUGAUGUUUUGAAACUUGGUUACACGGGGAUGUCCAACGACAGAAUUUUUUCCAAAAGUGAUGCCCAGAGGUAGCAUGGAGGUUUUUAAGUCCUUUAAAUUUCACCCUAGAGCAUUCAUCACUGCACAUAAUCUGAGAAAUGAUCUCUCUUUCAUUUUGCUUUCCUGCUUAACCCCUUUGUCAUAUCAGUUGCUCUUUCUGUUGGUCUUCUGUGUCACUGUCUGAAUGAAAGCCAGAUUUUUUUCUUUGUUCACUUUGCGUCUCCAUGCAGCUGGAUUCUGCCAGUCUGCCCUGACGCUGUUAACUUUCCUUCCCUGCCCACCCUUGCUUCAGUUUCAUCGGAGAGGAGGUUUGUAAUAACGGUGCGGGGGCUGCUUCCUGGGAAACAUUGAUCUUGCUAGUGCUUCAAGAACCCAGCAUACGGAUCCACUGGCUGCAGCACUCACGUCGGAUCAUUUGUGAGAGAAAAAAAUUGUUAGGCCUAGAAUAUCCCUUUCACCCAAAAUAUCCUUUUAGAUAGUACUUUUGUUAAAAAAAAAAAAAAAAAAGACCACAUUUUAAGUGUUUUCUUAGUCUGGACAACUGGUUUACAGCAUUGUUUUGCAGAUCACAAGUAUUGCUGAAUGUUACUUUAAAGGGUAGAUCAGGCCUUGGUGGUUUGAUAGCUUCUAAACGUGGAAGAGCUGCCAUUAUUUUCUUGUGAGUGUGAUAAAAUACAGAGACCUUCAGUUCUCUGUAAGGCUUGUUCAGUAUUCUUGUACAAUAAUUACUUUUCAACGGCACCUAGAAACCCCAGUUGAGGUUGGAAUCCAAUUUUACUAAAAAAAUGGGUAAAGUAAGAGAGAGUUCCUGUCCUGUAUUGAUAUGACAUUCUGAAGUAAGAGAAAUCUUAAGGACACCUGUAUUUGUUCCAGUGGCAGUAACUGCAAUCUGUUGAGCAAAUUUAUGUCUUGUAUAUGCAAGAGAGGAGCGAUGCAUGUGUAUUUAUGUACAUUGUCAGCUGUCUAUACAUCAAAUAUUUGGCUUUGAAGUGGACUACAACUUUUCAGGUUUUGUACAUUGGUACAGUUCCACAUUGUUUUGUGAAUGCCUGUUUACAUAUCCACAGAUUCCUGCCUGGCUGGUUGGUAAGUUGGCCUUUUGUGCUUGGAAGAAGCCUUUGUCUCUGAAGAAUUUCUUUUUGCUCUUCAGUUACUUUUUAAUGGCAAUGAGAAGUUACUAACACUGUGCUAUUGUCUUGUAUUUGCAAAAAAAAAAAAAAAAAAAAAAAAAGUCACGUGGAAGUUGGUUACUUUAUUGGUUGGAGCUCCCUUGACUAGAUACCUGCUGCUGUUAUGAAAUCUUCUGUCCCCUUACGUAAGAGAACCGUGGUGCCCUGUGCCCACUUUGUGUUCCUGCUGCAGCUGUCAGGAUUUAUUACUGCUGCUGGUGUGGGGAUGUUGGCAAUAUGUAACACGCUUUAUAGAGCUUUUCUAUCAGGGGCAGCUAACUGGGAAGGAAACUACCUGGCAAAUAGGUUAGUGGCUGCUGGCACUAGUGAUAAGGUGAAACCUGGAUGCCUUUUGUAGGGUAAAGUCAACAGAGUAUCGUGUGUCCUCCCUAACAAGACAGGGUUGUUCUCUACUGUUCACUUUCUUCCCGUGUCUUGAGAGGUAGGCUUCUGUUUUUCUGUCCCAUGUCUUGUGGCAUAGCAUGGAUUUGACAUCAUCACAACAUAAUCUUCUACAUAAUGAACUAAUAAGAAAAUUAGAGAGACAAGCAGGGGAAAAAGAAGAUGAACAGAUAGUUGCAGAAAUCAUGAGAAGACGUUUUUUUCCUACUGUUAUAACUCAUAAGGCCUGGGAAGGCUUUCACUUUGCUGGCCACGAGAUAAGGAUUACAGAAGCCACUGACUGUUAUGGGGCAGUUGUCUGGCCAUCGGCUCUUGUUCUGUGUUAUUUUUUGGAAACCAAUUCUAAACAAUACAAUUUGGUUGACAAAAAUGUGAUUGAAAUUGGAGCUGGAACUGGGUUGGUCUCCGUAGUAGCCAGCUUAUUGGGUGCACUUGUGACUGCCACUGAUUUGCCAGAACUGCUUGGAAAUCUUCAGCACAAUGUUCUCCAAAAUACAAAACUGAAAAGCAAGCACCGGCCUUGUGUAAAGGAGUUGUCUUGGGGCAUUGAUCUGGAAAAGAACUUUCCCAGAGCUUCGUGUCACUUUGACUACAUUAUGGCUGCUGAUGUAGUUUACCAUCAUCCCUUCCUGGAUGAGCUCCUGCUAACUUUUGAUCACUUGUGCAAGAAUGACACUGUUAUUCUGUGGGCUAUGAAAUUUAGGUUGGACAAGGAGAACCAAUUUGUGGGCAGAUUUCAGACACUGUUUGACUUAGAGGUGCUUUCUAAUUUCCCUAGUUUGAACAUUACAUUGUAUAAGGCAAUGAGGAAAGGCAGGAUGAAAGUCAGACCUUCCAAACCGUCUGUCUGAGAAAGAGAUACAUGGGGGCGACAGUCUCAGCUCGUCUGUAUCUUGUUCUUUUUUCAAUAAUUUCCAUGUUAGCAGCUGCCAGUACCUGUAUGAAUGAUAUUUUUAGAGAAAGUUAAAAUAUCAGAUUUCAUCCCUAAAUUCAUCUUGUUGUUAGUUUUAUACACAGAAGAAAUGUAUUUCUGAUGCUUUCUUGACUUUUAUGUGCUAAAUUGUCAGCAGUAAUAACUGUCACAAGACUCACUAUUAUAUCUGUGGGAUGUGUAAUGAAUAUUUCCAAUGUCUUUCAAUUGCAGCUUUGAACGGUGUCUUACAAGAUCAACCAAUCAUUUGAAGAUUUACCACAGUCUCAAGUUUUGUGUUUAAAAGUUGUGGUGUUAAAUCUCAUCUUUCCUCAUUCCCACUGUAGUGUGCAAAUCCUUCCUUUAAAGAGCCUUUACAGGACAUUAAGUUAACUGAAAGGAAAAAUGGGAGAAAUACUGUCAUAAUAAAAGGAGAGAAUGUAUUAGUUA